GCGCCAGCCAAUGAGCGACAGGGGGCGUGUCCCGGGGCGGCUCAAUGGGCGGCGUGGGACGCUGAGCCCAGUUCUGUCUGUGCAGGCCAGAAGUGCCGCGUGUGUCCCACACGUGUCCCUGCCGCCGCCGGCCCCGUCACACGGCUGCAUUGGGACAGCGCUCGCCGCCCGCCGGCCUGGGGACGAUGGGGAAGGGCUACAAGGUGGUGGUCUGCGGAAUGGCGUCUGUGGGGAAAACCGCGAUUUUGGAGAAGCUUCUCUAUGGAAAGCACACUGUCGGUUUAGAAGAGGGUGCCACAAUGGAAGACGUGUACUUGGCAUCGGUGGAGACGGACCGAGGUGUGAAGGAGCAGCUGCGGCUGUAUGACACCAGGGGUCUGCAGGAGGGCAUAGAGCUGCCGAAGCACUACUUCUCUGUUGCUGAUGGCUUCAUUCUCGUGUAUGCCAUCACCAGCCUCGAAGCCUUCCAGAGAGUUGAGCAGCUCAAAAAAGAGAUCGAUAUCUUCAGAGACAAAAAGGAGGUAACAGUUAUCGUCUUGGGAAAUAAAAUGGACCUCCUGGAGCAAAGACAAGUGGAAACAGAAGCAGCGCAACAAUGGGCAAGGGCUGAGAAAGUGAGACUGUGGGAAGUGACUGUGACAGAUCGGAAAACACUGCUUGAGCCAUUCACCUUCCUAGCAAGCAAACUCUCCCAGUCCCAGAACAAAUCAACAUUUCCCUUGCCUGGAAGGAAGAGCAAAGGGAAUAACUGCGAUAACUAAGCUCCCUUUAAUGCUGUCUGCUGUAGCCAGGUGCAGCCUAAAUCCUUUCUAUGCCUUUCGCUUCACGCGGUUUCACUUAAAGCAAUAAUCUCAUUCAGCAAUAAAUCAGCAGGCUUAUGGCUAAGAGGUAUUCUUCCUUCUCGUGGACUUGGCUUGAAAAAGUCACUGGUGGUGAAACCUUAAAAAGCACUUAAUGUUGGGAGUUACCUUGCAAUAAGGCUGAAGAGGGGAGAAGAGGGUGGGAAAGAGACAUGGGCUUACCUCUUCUGUAGGGGCUUAGACUGUCCCUGGGUACAACCAUAGAGGGAAGCAAUCAUUCAGAUCUAUGGCACUUGUUCACACACAGAACUACCUGUAGUGAAGCUGUAAAUGUGGAGAGACGAUAUGUCUGAAACAGCAGCAGUCCUUUGACCUUAAGCAGGGAGCCCCUUCGCCACAGGGUUUUGGAUACUGCAGGGGGCUCAGGUCAGAGUGUUGUUGCAGGAGAAGUGUUGGGGCAGGAGUAAAUACAAACAGAUUUAGAUGCCAGAGCUCUGUUAGUGUCUGAAAAUAAGAAAAGAGGGAAACAAUGUCUCGUGGGAGAUCCUAGACCAGAUUUACCCUAACAUGAAGCUUGUCAGCAGAGUCUGGCAAGUAGUGCCUUCAGUUCAGGAAUUUAUUUGUACAAACCAGAAAAGCUCUCACAGCACUCAUUAAUUUAACUGUGACCUGAUGGACAACAUAGCAAUAUGAAGUUUUGUUCCAACAUGUCCAGUGCAAAUCAGUCACACUGACAUAGGUGCUAAUUUUAUUCAGAAAUGGUAUGGAACAACUUGGUAAGCAGGAGGUACCUCACUAGGCUCUGCUCAGUGCCUUGUGAAAUGUUCCUGCCCAGCUAGAGAGUGAAGCCACAGCAACCUACAGCCUGAACAAGGCUGCAGGCUGGAGUACAGCCAGUACAAAGUGCUGCACUGCUUGGUGAGAGGGGCUGGCUGAAGGUUGCUGCCUGUUGGGAACAACCUCACAGCAAAUGCACAGAAAUCCCUGUACAAAUGGCCUUGGUGUACAUCAUCCAGCAGCAGGAGCACAGCUUUAUGUGCUGGAUUUGACACUGCAUUGGUAAACCUGUUCCAGGUCAGCCUGUUAGCAAACCAAAUAAAACUGACUAUAAAGGGACAAUAAGUGACUGUUCCCAAAGUGAGGAGCCAGCUUUUGGCCUCUAACAACCUUAAUACACUGAUAACAGCUUUUCUUCGUAUUUGAAGGCAGGAGCGGGGAAAGAGAGCAAACUGAAGUAUCCAGUUCCUUAAUUUACCAUGAGGUUAAUGUUGCUUUGAACAAAUAUUGAGAAUUUCAUUGUGAGUCAGCAAAACCAUGAGCAAUAUUUGCACUGUCAUAUUAUAACUGCUAAAUAGUGUGCUUAAUGAUCACAAUUAGGCUGUGUGCUUACAGCACUGCUCUUCCUGAAUCCUGGCAAAUAAACUCUGUCAGCAUUACUAAUGCCAGAGCAACAGUACACUGAAAAUUAAGCAAGUAUUCCUACCUUCAAAAUGAAGCUAGACGAAACUGUUUAUGUGCUUUGCUCAAUACAGUUUGGAUUGCUGUGGCCACCAAGUCAGAUAAGAGAGCAAUUACGAAUGAGCAAGCCCCUGUAAUGCCCUGCUAGAAACAUACAAUUGCCUCCAUUGCAACACUGCAGCUGAGUAAGCACUACAGCACGACCUCCCCCAGCCUGGCCAGUAAUAGUCAUCGUCCCCAGCGAUGCUGCAGAACAACACUCCCUCCUCACUCAUUUCCUACAAUACACGUGUACUCGUGCUUCUCCCCACCCAGAAGACUGCACGCACAGAAUCUACCUGUGUACUUGGGAAGUGGGGCGGCUUCAGAGCAGCAGUGGUUCACCUUUUUGCUGCAGAUUUUCAUUGAGGAAUUGGCUACUUUUCUCCUCUUUGCAGAACCUUUCACCAGAGCAGGAUUUGAUUCAGCUAUGUAUCAGUCAAAAUACAGAACACCUCUGCUAACUACAUAUUAUCACCAAGGCUGAUCCCUGAGCCAAGGGAGUGUGGGCCAACAAGUGAAACCAGUCAGAAUUAGCUUAAAUUGUGGAGAUGGAAGGAAUGGAGAUGACCAGUUCUUGACCAGUUCUGCUGGGACAGACGUCACCUGUGGUCUGCAGGGGCUGGGUCACACAAGGCUGGCUUGCUCACUCACCCCUAGACACUCAGGACUCAGCAAUGCUUUAAGAAUAGCAGAGGAAAAGGGAUCUUUUAAGUGAUUAACAUUAUGUUUCCAAACAGGUUACGUAAAGUCUAACAUGUUAUCUUUGAUUUAGUUAAACUCAUUUCCAGAUCAUUUUGGGCAUCCGCAUAAACAACCACCACCCAUUGUUUUAUUUAAUACGCUUACCCUGAUGCUUUCUAAGCACUCAACUGCCUUUUCUAAAUAGCACAGUAUUUUAUUGGCCAGCAAUAGAAAUGGUAGUUUCUCCUCUGCAAACAAUCUGCACUCAGUGGCUGGUGAAACUCACUGUAGUGCAGUUUUACCCUUGGUUAAUAAGUACAGUACAUCCAUGCAGGGUAUAAAGUAGUAGUGCCAGGGCAGGAAAUGUAUUUUGCCCUUUGUUGUUUCACUGAUUCAAAGUUGCCCUAGAUCACAAGGAUCAUGUAUGUACUACUAGACAGUCCCUUCACAAAAUGAUAAACAAUUAAAAAAAAAAAAAGAAAAAGAAAUAGGCAAAUUGAAGCUCCUUUCUUCAUUUGUUACAUUGCUAUCCACCCUAAUUUACCUUCCCCUCCACUGCCAACUGCAAGAAUUAAUUUGGAAUGUACUGGUAGCACAAAGCAAGGAACAGACAAAAACCCACAGAAGUCACAUACAUCCUCACACAGUGUAGGGAAGUAAUGAAUGAAUUUAAGGGUCCCUUACCAGCGGUGCUCCUGGUGUGAUGUAGCUAUAUACCAGUGAUUUUUCUAGGCUGAACUGACAACUGUGGGAACCCACACACCAGGACACAUGUUCUGUUGAAAGAAGACAGUUUAACAGAUGAGGCUAACAUCUUCUAGUACCCACAACUACCCAACAAAGGAGAGGCGCCUGUACAUAAACUCCUUGGGACCAAAUUAGAUUUGAUCUUUAAAUAGAUAGGAAGCAUAUAAAACAAAUGUACGUGGAAUGUAAAGUACAAACAUAAAUCUGUGAGAACAGAUGAACACAUCACACUCAGAAGAAUGUUGCAACGUGAUGCACUUGUCAUGUGAAAAAGAAUCUGUGCUUCCGGCCUUUACCUUGAGGGAGUGGUCAAAAAUGCCACGUUCAUACCUACCUACCCCGUUGCCACACUCUUCAGUGUACACACUAUAUCUCUGGGAGAUAAUCUUUCGAGCUAGUUAAAGGAUCUACAAGCUAAGCCUCCUUUAUGGUGUCUUCGUCUGGCUUCCCAGGACACUACUCCUUCUCCUCUUUCACGUGGAAAUUGAUGACUCCAUCAGAAAGCCACGAGAACAUUCUCUUCUUCCUCUUUUCUUCUGCCCCUUUCCCUUCCUACUGUACUUUUGCUCUUCCUAUUGUACUUCCGUAUAAUGCAACAGUCCUGAAAAGACAAUGCUGUGAAAACUUGAAGCUGAAGACUAACCAGGGACUAUAGGAGCCUGUGUAACACCUACACAAUGAAUGUGUUGUCAUUCACCGUACGCUUGUGUAGAAGCAUCUUCCCAAAACAGAAGCAGAUGGUGCACUCACCUGCAGAGCUCACUUGUCUUUAUACAGAAUGCAAUUUUUGAAGUGCACUGGGAGACACUGUUCUGGCAAAGUGAUAAAGCAAGGCACUAACACUAAGCAGAAGUCUCUUCUUUUUUUUUUUUUCUUCUUUUUUUUUUUUUUUUAAACAUCUUUUUAUUAGCACAGUAACAAAUGCAGACUUAAGUAGCCCACAACAUACAACCAAUCCACUGAGUGACUCCUAUUCCACGCCUUACAAUUAAACAGCUUAAGGUAUUUCACUACAAGUUGUCAUUAGUCCUGAUUAAAACUUUUAUUCUUCUCACAAAGAUAGAUUGGCUUAUAAAAUAAUACAUUAGCUACUUCUCAUUUCAUAUACGAGGCCAUAUAUCCCCCUCUCCAUAUCACAGACCAUGAGAUGACAGUCUUUAAAAAGCAUUUGUUAAAUACCAAUGCGCCCUCUAUAGGGGAAAACAAUCCCAACAUCUUUUUUACAAAAAAAAACCAAAAACAAAAAACAAAGCAAAACAAAACAAAUGAACAAACCAAACCCUCCCAAACCAAAAACAAAACAAAAAGCAAAAAACAGUGUGUAGAGUCUUGAAAGGACUUUCACAUAAACGCCAACAUAUGUACCUGUACAAAAUUAAGCUGUUUCAUCUUUUACAUAAUGCGAGCAAACUGAAAACCAAAGAAACCUAAGUUUACAUUCUUCUCGGUACUAUAUGUGAGCUAAUAUUGCCGAACUAAUUACAGUCUUAAAAUAUGCUAUUCCCAAUUCUAGCUGUCUACUGUAGCAAGAUACCUUAAGUUACAACAACAAAAUCUUAGGAAAUAAAAGACUGAAUAAAAUCUGUUAUAGAAAUACCCUACUCUUUA